AUGGAGAAGAAGCAGAAGAACAUUGGCGACAUCCUCCCUCAUGACCUGAUUCACAGAAUCUUACUGAGAGUGCCGGCCAAGCAUCUCGCUCGCCUCAGGUGCAUUUCGAAGCUCUGGCUUCCUUGCAAGUUCCAUCUGUAUGGAUUUGGUUAUGAUGCUUCACAAGAUGACUAUUUAGUUGUUGUAGCUUGGCACGAUAAGGAUUACCAUUAUCACUUGGAUUACUUGUCCUUGAGAACCAAUUCAUGGAUUAAUCUCGAUGCUGCACUCACCAAACCCUUGGGUGUUUUUGAGAUCAAUUAUUGUGGGUUGUUCUUGAAUGGUGCUAUUCAUUGGCUCCCUCACUCUCCUAAAACUUACAGGGGUGCUAUUCUUAUCUUUGAUCUGAAGGAGAGGACUUUAUCAAAGAUAUCUGGGCCGGAACAACCUGUAAUGAGUGCAUUCUCCUAUUCAAAUCUCGCCUUACUAGGAGGCUGCCUAGCCUUGUAUUAA